AUGUCAAACCGAUCAGCCGAUAGCCGCUCUCACACCUGUCGAGGGCAACAGCGCGAGGAGUACCUCGACCACGCCAGCACCUGCGGCGGCGCCACGCUGGACUCUCCCAGCAGAACAAAGAUGGCCGUAGGUGCGGUGCGCAAGGCCAAGCCGACGGCGACGUCGCGGAGUGCAGGGCAGCGCUCUCAGUGCCAGUCGAACGCGCAGCCGCGCCGCACCGGAUGUCUUGGUGUGCUCCAGGGCAUCCGCGACGCCGUCAUCAAAGCGGUGUACGUGAUCGUGCCGCCCGGCGGCAUUCUCUCCGGCGCCUUCAACAUGGCGAGCUCUUCCAUCGGCGCCGGCAUCCUUGGCCUGCCCGCGGCGACCGACUCAGCAGGCAUCAUCCCCGCCAUGAUCUUCCUCGUCGUCAUCACGUACUUCUCCGUGUUCUCCAUGUACAUCCUGGCACUCGCAUCGGAGAAUACGCGCAUCAAGACCUUCGAGGGCUUGGCGCGGUGGCUCUUCCCAGCGAGAAGAUAUGCCUUCUCAUACUGGGCCGCGUUCGUCAGAUGGUUCUACGGCUUCUCCGGCUGCGUCGCCUACGUCAUCAGCCUGGGCAACUGUUUUGGUGCUAUCUUCACCGGCGCCGCAGAGCAGCACCCCGACAACAAAGCCAUCCAGUUCUUCGCCACCACGCAGGGCAACCGCGUGCUCACCGUCAUCGUUUGGCUCUUCGUGAUGCUGCCGCUGGUUAUUCCGAAGCACAUCGACUCACUGCGCUACGCCUCCGCCAUCGCGGUGGCAUUUAUGGUGUACUUCGUCUUCGUGGUUGUCGCACACAGCUGCCGCAACGGACUGGCGGAAACGUCGAAGCACGUGAAGCUGUCCGGCAACCAGGUGGACGAUGACAAGCUGGAGCACAACACGGUCUUUCUUUUUCGCACCGGCAACUCCGUAAUCCACUCCGUCGGCAUCUUUGUUUUCGCGUACGUGUGCCAAAUCAACGCGCAGGAGGUUCUGUGGGAUUUGAGGCCCGAGAUUCGCACGUCGAAGACCUUCACGAUGUCGGCGUUCAUUGGAAUGAUGCUCUGCGGCACGCUGUACGUGCUAGUGUCCGUGUUCGGCUACUUCGACUUUGGCAGCAAGAAGCUGCUGGGCAAGUCGCUGCUGCUCAUGUUCAACCCGCUCGAGGAGGCGGACAUCAUGAUCGCCUACGUUGCCGUCAUGAUCAAGCUAUGCGUGGCCUACGCGUUAGUCACCAUUGCAGCGCGCAACUCCCUGUACUACCUGAUCGGCUUCCAGCACCGCUACCGCAACCGCACCGAGGCUGCUGUCGCGGAGGAGCUCGGCUUCGUCGCUGGCGACGCCGCCGUCCAGCAGGGGGCAAAUCCGACCGCGGCGGCGGCCGAUAGUGACGUUGUCCAGUCCGGCAAGCUGGACGGGGUGGACAGCGACCACGGCCCGGAGGGGACAACGAAGGUCCACAGUCCCUCCCAACCCGUCGAUGAGGGCUACGAAGAGGGUGAGGACGUGGAGGAGACCGCCGAGGACACGACGUACGUGGACAACAUCCCGUUCUGGCAGCACCUGCUCGUCGUGCUUGCGCUCUCCGUCGCGUCGCUGCUGUGUGGCCUGUUCAUCCCGAACAUCAACACCGUCUUCGGCUUCGCCGGCGCGAUCAGCGGCGGCUUCAUCGCCUUUGUCUUCCCCGCGCUCUUCGUCAUGUACUCGGGCAACUUCACGGUGGCGCAGGUGGGAUGGUUCACGUACCUGAACACGUACCUGCUGCUGAUCUGCGGUGUUGUGGGCAUUGUCUUCGGCACCGGCGGCACCAUCUACGUUACGAUCUAG